AUGCCUGUCGUCCGAGUAGCUCCAACGCGAGCCCAUCAGGCUCUCAACCUGCUCCGCGCCGUCAACUCGGGCACCAGCUCAUGCCCGUGCCAUUCGAACCCCUCCCACCACCAUCACCCCCACCGCCAUGUCCCCAUCAACCCCUUCGCCGGCCGUCGACGCUCCCUUGCUACGCCGACCGACUCGAGCCAACAGAAGGAGUACGCGUUCGAGAUGGCCGCCUCUUCUAUCCGCUUCGGGCCCGGUGUGACCAAAGAGGUCGGGAUGGACUUCAAGAACAUGGGCGCCAAGAAGGUGAUGGUGGUGACGGACCAGACGGUGCAGAAGCUGGAUGCCAUGAAGCAGGUCCAGGAGGGCUUGGACCGUGAAGGCAUUCCAUACGAGAUCUACAGCAAGGCGCGCGUGGAGCCCAAGGACUACUCUAUCCGUGAAGCAAUCGACUUCGCCAAGCCCUACGCCCCGGAUGCCUUCCUCGCCGUGGGCGGCGGCAGUGUCAUCGACACGGCCAAGCUGAUGAAUCUCUACACGACCUUCCCCGACGCCGAGUUCCUCGACUUUGUCAAUGCUCCACUUGGCAAGGGCAAGGCCAUCAACGCCAAGUUGAAGCCUCUGGUCGCCGUGCCCACCACCGCCGGUACUGGAUCCGAGACGACGGGCACUGCAAUCUUCGAUCUGGUCGAGAAGAAGGCCAAGACGGGCAUUGCACACCGCAACCUUAAGCCCACCAUCGGCAUAGUCGAUCCUCUCAACACCCGCACCAUGCCCUCCGCGGUCCAUGCGUCUUCUGGGUUGGAUGUGCUCUGCCACAGCCUGGAAUCCUGGACUGCCAUCCCCUACCAUGAGCGCGUCCCCCGGCCUCGCAAUCCCCUUGAGCGCCCCGCCUACCAAGGCGCCAAUCCCAUCUCCGACAUCUUCUCCCUCCAGGCGCUGCGAAGCACCGUCAAAUAUCUGCCCCGCGCCGUCAAGGACCCCGAAGACUGGGAGGCCCAGAGCGAGAUGCUGCUCGCCGCCACCCUCGCCGGCGUGGGAUUCGGCAAUGCUGGCGUGCAUUUGUGUCACGGAAUGUCCUAUCCCAUUUCCUCCCAGAACCCGGGCUACCAGCACGCAGGCUACGUCGUCGACUCACCCAUCAUUCCUCAUGGUGUCUCUGUGGCCGUCACCGCCCCUGCCGUCUUCAAAUUCACCGGCGCCUCCAACCCGGAACGACAUUUGGCAGCCGCCGAGGCCUUUGGAGUGGACAUUAGCCAAGUGAAGAAGGAGAGCGCCGGCGAAGUGUUGUCGGAAGCUCUGCAGAAGUUUCUCGUCGGCCUGGGUGACCAACCGCGGGGUCUGAAGGCCCUGGGAUUCCAGAAAUCGCACAUUGCCGAUUUGGUCGAAGGCACGAUCCCGCAGGCGAGAGUGCUCAUGCUUGCGCCGAAUCUCGACACGAGUGGCGGAGAGGAGGAAAGGGAGCAGCUCACCGGCCUGUUUGAGGAAGCCAUGUCAUAUUGA